GAAGCGGGGCUCCCUGGAUAGCCUCCAACUUACAUGCUCGAACGAGACUAGUUGUAGUCCCAGUCGACAACUAUCGCAGACAUUCAUUACUCGGUCACGACUAAUCAUCUUGCCGAAAUCGCCCCGUUGCGUUGAUGAUAUGCCACCACACACUACCGAGGGUGAUGCCGUGUCAUUGGGUCAUCUUACCGCAUCUUCCCCGAGCCCAAGUCCGGAUCUUCGUCCAGUGCCUCUUCCAAUCGAGGGAGAGCAUGAUAAGACCAGCGAAAAAAUAAGUCGAGACGAUCUUGGCAAAAGGGCCAGACGGCCAAACGGAAGGCCAUCGAAAUCCGACGGUCCAGCUGUCUCCCAACGCCAGUCUUACCUAAACGCACGUCAGCGGUCACCCUCGCCCUUGGUAUUGAUGCCACCUUUCCAGCCCUCCCUUCCCUUCUCUCAGGGAGGGAUGAUUCGCAACUUGACUGGGUCAAGACGACAAAAAACGGCGGAAGAACAUGGGACCAGAACAAAGCGCUGUCAGAGACCUGCCAUCUACUACAGCCAAGCUCAACGGAUACUUCCACUUCAGUCUACCACAGCGAGUUUUCCAUCCCACCAUUCGCCCUGUCCAGCCCCACCAAACCACACCAAACGUCAGUCGGUACAUUCUGAAAAAGCUUGUGAGACCGUCGGUGUCCUCCCCUUCCGCUGGUGUUGCGCACAGCCCACCCUGUUGUUUCGAAACUCGUCCCCUCCCUCCCCCAUGGGCAAGAAGAGAUCGGACCCAGCUUCACUCUUGAAUCAGACUGUAGCCAAUCGCAACAGGCCCGCACUACGAUUAUCCGCGCCGUUAUAGGAUUUUGUCUGCCCCGUCAAGUCGUCAACAGCACUUUUCAGCCCGCCCAGGCUGCGGGAAGGAAGUUUGGAACGCAAGGCACGCACACCAAGCUUUGAAAGGGUCCACCUGUUUGGCUCAGCCCAGCUUGGCGGACUACUCCUGAUCAUCUUCAUCAUCUGCCGGUACCAGCGUACCAGCCUACGAUUUCUGAAGAAUCAGCAGAGUCCGUCCCUGGCCUCCCCGUCUAGUGUCGGGAUCAGGUCGAUCCCACGUGAGGCCCCUGCCUCUGAUCCGCCCUCUUUACCCCAUUGGGAUGAGGUUGCG